AUGACAUUACUCAAGAUAUGCUCCUGCUUUAUCGCUCAUGCUGCCUUUGUGCCCGACGUCACUUUUCAUGGUGGUCCAGUAAAUGUAGGAGGAGUGGAUUCAUGCACCAUGUAUGGAGCCUCAAGCAAUGGAACUAACUUUACACUGGAAGUGGACUAUGUACAAUCAAACCCAGACUGCGCGAAGAAGGCUUACUGUGAACCCGUAGUCCUUCAGUACACGCCAUUCUAUGAUUGGGGUCCUUGGGUUUAUCCUUAG